CCCUCCUCGGGAUAGGACGCAAAAACGUACUGCACGUCCGGGAACCUGUUACGAACCGAGAAUCACACAGAACAAAUACACACACAAACACAAAAUUCGAGAGACAGUUUUCAGUGUUGCUCAGUGAAAAGAGAAGUUCUGGAAGCUGCAGUGUGUGGCACCAAGUGCGCGGUUAUCUCGUUACAAGAUUCGUUGUUAAGUUUGCUUAGAACAGCGAUUGAGGGAAAAAAAAGUGUCAACGCGAAGCAGUGCCUAGAAGAAGAGUGUGCGAUACACGGGUUACGCAAGCGAUAAGAGAAGAGAGAAGAGAUGCUGAUCCGAGGAAGAUGAAUCGAAACGUGUGACUUUAAGAGAAGAUUCAGAGUGUGGGAAGUGAGAUAUGAUCCAGUUGUUGUUUGAAGUUUGAGCGCAGAAAAUGAGCUCAAGAACGAUGCAAAGCAAAGUGUUUGCAAGUGAAAAUUAGAAAAGUGCCCUGUUUUUUUUCGGUGACGACGAAAUUGUUUCCAAAGUUAAACCCUCUUGAUGAGUUGCUGUUAGUCAUCUUUACGUUCCCGAACCCCCCAAAAAUCAUCGACAUGGAUUCGUUCAAGAUUGUCCUGCUCCUGACCGCCGUCGUAGCCGUUACCGCCGCCCGGUCAACGCUGAUGAGCCGGAUGGACAUCGCGCCGAAAGGGUGCAAGUGGCAACGCGUUAUCGACGAGAACGCCGAGGACGAAAACACCGUCACGACGGUGCUGUCCUGCAAACUGAAAACCAUCGGUGGAACCGAUACGUUGAUGCGAAACCUGAGCUCGUACCAAAUCGAGCGCAUCAACUCGCUGAAACUCGAGUGCAGUGACAUACUGUUCUUCGAGAGUUCGCUCGAGGCGAACCAGCAUUCCGGGGCGUUCCUCGGAUCGCUGAAGCGACUGCGGGACCUCAAAAUCGAGUACUGCAAAAUUAAGUACGUGCCUUCGAUGGUGUUGUCAACGCUGCGGGAUCUUCGAUCGCUCUCGCUGCGCACCCACAACACCGACUGGUCCGCCAUGAACCUCGAGUUCCACCCGGAAAGCUUCCGCGGGCUCACCGAGCUCAAGCGACUCGACCUGGCCGACAACAACAUCUGGAGUCUGCCGACCGACGUGUUCUGCCCACUGUUCUCGCUCAGACAGCUAAAUCUGACCAAGAACCGACUUACCGACCUGUCCCAGCUGGGAUUCUCCGACUGGGGUAACGGACCCACAGCACCCGGCAAAGCCUGCAACACCGGGCUGGAAGUGCUGGACCUCUCGCACAACGAUAUCCUUGCCCUGCCGGACAAUGGCCUAUCAUCCCUGCGAUCCCUCAACGUUCUCCUGCUCCAGGACAACCUCCUGACCUCCCUCGCCGAUCGAGCCUUCGUCGGUCUGGGCUCGCUCAAGGUCGUCAACAUGUCUAGCAACAAGCUGGUCGCCCUCCCACCAGAGCUGUUCCAGUCCCCCCGCGAACUGCGCCAAAUCUACCUGCAGAACAACUCGCUCUCUGUCCUCGCCCCGGGACUCCUCGAGGGACUCGACCGGCUUGAAAUCCUCGACCUCUCCCACAACGAGCUCACCUCCGAGUGGAUCAACCGGGACACGUUCGCCGGCCUCAAACGCCUAGUCGUGCUGGAAAUCAGCUACAACAGCCUCUCCAAAAUCGACCGGCACGUGUUCCGCGAGCUGUACAGCUUGCAGGUCCUAAACCUGGAAAACAACCUCAUCGAAACCAUCGCCGAUAACGCGUUCAGCGAUCUGAAGAACCUGGUCGCCCUAACCCUUUCCCACAACAAGCUGAAGCGAAUCGAUCAGCACCACUUCAGCGAGCUGUACGUCCUCAACCAGCUGUACAUCGAGUCCAACCUCAUCGAGUCGAUGCACUCGCGCGCCCUCGAGAACCUCACCAAUCUGAACGACCUCAACCUGAACGACAACCGGUUGACGGAGAUUCCGGAAGGACUCGGCAAGCUGCGCUUCCUCAAGUCCCUCGAUCUGGGCAAAAAUCGCAUCGUCACGGUCAACAACGCCUCGUUCGAGGGGCUGGAACAGCUGCUGGGACUGCGCCUGGUGGAAAACCGGAUUACGAACGUUUCGCGCGAUGCGUUCGUGACCCUUUCGUCGCUGCACGUGCUGAAUCUCGCCUCGAACCAGAUUCGUCACAUCGAUCAAUCGGCGUUCAGCUCGAAUCCCACCAUCCGGGCGAUCCGGUUGGACAACAACGAGCUGGAAGAUAUUAGCGGCGUGUUUACGUCGCUACCGGCGCUGGUCUUUCUGAACGUUUCGGAUAAUCAGAUUAGAAACUUUGACUACAGCCAUCUGCCGUCGUCGCUCGAGUGGUUGGACAUGCACCAGAACAACAUUACCGAACUCGGCAACUAUUACGAUCUGAACAAUCUGCAGAUCAAAAUGUUGGACGUGUCGUUCAAUCGAUUGGCCACGGUCGACAACAAGAACAUCCCGGACAGCAUCGAGACGCUGUUCCUGAACAAUAACGUGCUGGAGGAGGUUGCCGCGGGGACGUUCUUGAACAAGAAAAACCUGGAGAAGGUUGUGCUCUAUGGGAAUUACAUCAAGAAGCUGGAGAUUGGUGCGCUGGCGCUGACUCGCGUGGGUGACGACAAGGACAUGCCCCAGUUCUACAUCGGGGACAACCCGAUCCACUGCGAUUGCACGAUGGAGUGGCUGCAGGGCAUCAACAAGCUGUCCCACUUGAGGCAGCAUCCGCGGGUUAUGGAUCUGGACACGGUGAUGUGCACGAUGGAGCACGAGCGCGGAGCGUCGCUGCGGCCGUUGAUGGACCUGAACUCGCACGACUUCCUGUGCCAGUACGAGACGCACUGCUUCGCGACGUGUCAUUGUUGUGACUUUGAUGCUUGUGACUGCAAGAUGACCUGCCCGGAUCGGUGCAGCUGCUAUCACGAUCACACGUGGAAGACGAACAUUGUGGAUUGUGGAAAUGCUGAUUACACGGAAGUGCCGGAACAUAUUCCGAUGGACGCGACAACGAUCUACUUGGAUGGGAAUGACUUGAAGCAGCUGGGAAGUCACCAGUUUAUCGGGAAGAAGAAGUUGGAAGUGCUUUAUCUGAACAAUAGUAACAUUGCGAAUGUGCACAACCGGACCUUUAACGGGAUUCCGAGUUUGCGAGUGCUGCACAUGGAGAACAAUUACAUUGAAGAGUUGCGUGGAUUUGAGUUUGACCAGUUGACCAACCUGAACGAACUUUAUCUGGACCAUAACGCGAUUGGGUUCGUGGGUGAGAAGACGUUCGAGAAUUUGAAGUUUUUGGAAGUGAUCAACCUGAGUGACAAUAAGAUUAGUGAGUUUUCGCCGUGGCAAGCGUUGUCGGCGGCUUCGGAGACGGGAUCGCUGAACAAGGUUUCGCUCGAGGGCAACCGUUGGCGGUGUGACUGUGAAUCGCUGCAUAAGCUGCAGCGGUGGAUCCGGGACGUUGGGGGUGACUUUGACAUUAACCGGAUGAUCUGUGCGGACAAUCGAGUGGUUGGGGAUGUGAUCAGUUCGUGUGAGAGCCAGCUAGAGUUUGUGGACAAUGAGGUGGCGCCACCUGCGGUGCAUCGGACGAUCCUGAUGGGUCACGGAGGGCUGAUUGGGGGUGGUUAUGUGCCGUUGCUGGCGGCGAUUGUGGUUGCGGUUAUUGGAACGGCGUUGAUUGUGGCGUUGGCCUGUGUGUUCCGACAGGAUGUGCGAUUGUGGGCUCAUGCCAAGUACGGAGUGAGGUUGGUGAAGGACCCGAUUGUGAUUGCGAGUGCUAAGGAUCAGGAUCAGGACAAGCUGUACGACAGCUACGUGGUGUACAGUAUUCACGACAAUGAGUUUGUUGGACGGUUGUUGGGUGCUGAACUGCAGCACUAUGGGUACUCGGUGUGUCUGCACCACCGGGAUGUGCACUCGAAUACUUUUCUGUCGGAUUCGCUGCAGAGUGCGGCGGAUGCUUCGAAGAAGAUGAUCCUGGUGGUGUCGAUGAACUUCCUGCAGAACGAGUGGUCUCAGCCGCAGUUCCGAGUGGCGCUGCAGUCGGUCAUCGAGAACAUCCGACCGGCGUACCGGAGGCACAAGAUCGUGAUCGUGUUGACCGCCCCGGUCGAGCUGGUCGCGAUGGAUCCCAUCAUGAACCUGCUGAUCCGGACGUGCACGGUUGCGUGCUGGGGCGAGCGCAAGUUCUGGGACAAGCUGCGGUACGCGCUGCCGGACGUCAACAAGGACCGCACGCCGAAGAAGCUCGGUGACAUCACGCGGAGUCCGAACCUGCGGUACACGCCGGCGCCGACCGCCCUGGACCAGUGGUGCAAGAUUAGCCACCCGGGCGUGGCCAUGCCGGUGGCCGUUCCCCAGAGCACCCCGUCACAGAGUACCUGCAACACCGAGGACGAGUCCUCGUCCGCUUCCUCGCAGCAUUACGAGGCUCCGAUGAGCCAGAGCCACUACAACAUGAGCCGCUCCAGUGCCUCGCUUGGUCACGUGUACUCCACGAUACCGGAAACGCCCCAGAUGGGACGCAACGGAAGAGCUUAUUUCGUGUAAGAUAAGUAAGGAAGAGCCUGUGACACAGACACACACACUGUAUAGACUAAACAAAGAAGAAAACUAUUUUGUUUCCUAGUUGUAUACUACUUUAGCACACUUACACAAGCGCAGCCCAUGUGUAUAUUUGUACAGAACAAAACAAACAAAAGAACUCUCAUAGUCAUGUUAUGGAUCGAGUCAAUUCUCAGUUUUUCUUAUUCUCGCGAAUUAUUAGAUUGUUACUCACACACACACAGCGUUACACACACAAACGAAGAAAGGAGUGCUGAAAUCACUUCCUCAUUUGCCAAAUAUUAUUAAACUGUAUUAUGAUUCGCUCAAAUAUACCGCGUAGGAUCAAACGAAGAGAAAAAAACACUACAAAAUCGAAUGAUUGUGAAACGAUACAAAUACAAACAAAAAACUAUAAAACUUAUUUUUCCCCCUUUGAGAAGCCAUGCAAAACGAGUACUUUUAGAGUGGAAAAACAAAAAACACAACCCAAGAUGAGAACAAUUAUGACUUAAUGAACGUGAUACUAGUUUUUAUAAAUUGCUAUUAUUAACUGAACGAAAUAAAUUGACUAUUAAUCUUAAGUGUACUAUUGAAUGCCAGAUAACAAAAAUCAGUAAACCAAGCUAAGUAAAGUAAUUCUCACACAAACACACUCUCGAAACAAAAGAUCGCUAGACUUGAUUAUUAAAAGGAUAAUUUUAACGCUAGCAAAGUGAAGUGAAGAAAAAUCAAAUUGUGUAAGCCUCGAAGAGUGCGUGUUGGUGGGACAAAGUCUCCCGCCUAUUGCGUUACAUUGUAAACACACACACAUAUUAGUUACCGCCAUUAGAUGUAUAUUAAACACAGACACACAAAUACACUGCAGUUCGUGCGUGACAAGCAGAAAAAAGCCCAUUUGUAUAUUUGAUUAUAGGAUAAUAAUUUAUUACGGAAAAAAGUGAAAUACAAUUUUCGAAUCAUGAAACCUAA